AUGGAUUCUAUUGAUUUUCCUUUAACAUCGAAGGGUGACAAGUUUUAUUCUUUUUCUCUCGAUCAACUGUGCGAUGCCCUGAUGAAAGAUGCAAAGAUCAAUUUUGGAGGUGUAGCUCAUAUCUGGAUAUUGGACCAAGGAGAUGGCAACAUACGCAGAUAUUGCGUUCCGUGCGAAACCAAUCACUUUAUCCAUUGUGUCAACGGAGGCAAGAUGUAA